AUGAUCAACAGGGCUCUUGAAGUAGAUAACCACACAGCAACAACACACUUCAUUCUUCUGGGGUUUCCGACACAACCAGGCUUCCAGGUUCUUCUCUUCUCUGUGUUCCUAGCAAGCUACCUGCUGACACUACUGGAGAACCUUCUAAUCAUCCUAGCCAUUCGCAGUGAAGGGCAGCUGCACAAACCCAUGUACUUCUUUCUGAGCCACCUCUCCUUCUUGGAGAUGUGGUAUGUCACUGUCAUCAGCCCCAAGAUGCUGGUGGACUUCCUCAACCAGGACAAGAGCAUUUCCUUCAACGGUUGCAUGACUCAGCUGUACUUCUUCGUGACUUUUGUCUGCACAGAGUAUAUCCUUCUUGCUGUCAUGGCCUUUGAUCGCUAUGUAGCCAUUUGUAACCCACUACGCUAUACAAUCAUCAUGACCAAUCAACUUUGUGGCACAAUGGCUGGAGGGUGCUGGCUCUGUGGACUCCUGACUGCCAUGAUCAAGAUGGUUUUUAUAGCCCGACUUCACUACUGUGGCACACCCCGUAUCAAUCACUACUUUUGUGAUAUCUCUCCACUCCUCAAUGUCUCCUGUGAGGAUUCCUCCCAGGCUGAGCUGGUGGACUUCUUUUUGGCCCUCCUGGUCAUUGCCGUUCCCCUUUGUGUAGUGGUGACAUCGUACGUCACCAUCCUCAUCACCAUUCUCAAGAUCCCGUCUUCUCAGGGCCGUCAAAAGGCCUUCUCCACCUGUGCCUCUCACCUGACAGUUGUCAUUCUCUUCUAUUCCACAACCCUUUUCACCUAUGCCCGCCCCAAGCUCAUGUACGCCUACAACUCCAACAAAGUGGUCUCUGUUCUCUACACUGUCAUUGUGCCACUCCUCAACCCCAUCAUUUACUGUCUGAGGAACCGCGAAGUCAAAGCAGCUCUGAAGAAGACGGUCCUUUGCCGAGGAGUUGGGCCCAGGGGAGAGGAGGCUCUCAGUAAUUAA